AUGGAGAUUUCUUCUCACCAGUUUCACCUCUUGCAGCAACUAAAUGAGCAGCGCAGGCAAGACUUAUUCUGUGACUGCAAUAUCCUGGUCGAGGGAAAGGUCUUUAAAGCGCAUCGCAAUGUGCUGUUUGCCAGCAGCGGCUAUUUCAAAAUGCUCCUUUCGCAGAGCUCGAAGGAGACGAGUCAGCCGACGACAGCUACUUUCCAGGCAUUUUCUCCUGACACAUUUACAGUUAUUCUAGAUUUUGUCUAUUCAGGCAAACUGUCUCUCACUGGUCAGAAUGUCAUUGAAGUCAUGUCGGCCGCUAGCUAUCUUCAGAUGACCGAUGUUAUCAGUGUGUGUAAAACGUUCAUUAAGUCGUCGCUGGACAUCAGUGAGAAGGAGAAGGAUCGCUACUUCAGUCUGUCAGACAAAGAUGUAAAUUCAAAUGGUGUGGACCGAUCCUGCUUGUACAGUGCUGGCUGGAGGGCAGAAAGCAGCCCUCCGCAUUCGCACUUAAGUCCAGACCAAGGGACGUGUAUGAUGGGUGGAAACGCUUGGAGCAAUUUCAGCUACUAUCCGACUUCUCAAAGAAAUGCCCAGCAGCAGCUGUCCAAACAUGAGCAACGGCAGGAUUCCGUAAAGAAAUCCCGGCACCUGGGACUGCAGCAACCUUCUGACAUUCCUCACUAUAAAUCAAGCAAACUGGAGGACAGGGCUGCCGAGCCCACUGGCCAUAUUGCUCAGUCUGAAGAGCAAGUUCAGAUUGAAACAGAAGUUGAAUCUCCUCACGUGGGAUACCAGUACGGCCAAGGGUCUGACGUGAUGCCGAGGAGCUUGGCUGUGUCACAGCAGGAGCAUGAAUCACCCCAUGCUGCCAGUAAAUCAAAGUCUUCAAAAGCAGACGAGCAGUACGCGAGCAUGCCCUCGAUUCUCGGUGUCAUGGGAAGCUGGGCUGAAGAUGAUCUGCCCAGGAUGAGGUUCAAGUGCCCGUUCUGCACUCAUGUGGUGAAAAGAAAAGCAGACCUGAAGCGUCACCUUCGCUGUCAUACAGGAGAGCGCCCUUACCCUUGUGAGGCAUGUGGGAAAAGAUUUAGCAGGCUAGAUCACCUAAGUAGCCAUUUUCGAACAAUUCAUCAGGCUUGUAAGCCUAUCUGCAGAAAGUGUAAACGCCACGUGACGGAGCUAACAGGACAAGUGGUCCAAGAGGGGACGAGACGUUACAGACUCUGUAAUGAGUGCUUGGCUGAAGCUGGCAUAGACAGUAUUCGCAUUGACUUGGAGGCUGAAGCACCCCUUGAAUUUCCACAAGAUGGGGAUAAGGAUUCCAGGUGGCACUAUGGGGACGACAACAGAUCUGAUGUGGAGAUUGUGGAGGAUGGGUCAACCGACUUGGUCAUUCAGCAAGUUGAUGACAGCGAGGAUGAAGCAGACGAAAAGGAAGUAAAGCCAAAUAUUAGGUAGUUGCAAGAGAAGAAUUAGGAAUUC